CCACCUGUGCCACUCUGCAGUGCCACCUACCUGUGCCCAGAAGUGCCACCUACAUGUGCCCAGCAGUGCCACCCACCUGUGCCCACCCAACUGUGCCCACCAGUGCCACCCACCUGUGCCCACCCACCAGUGCUGCCCACCAGUGCCGCCCACCAGUGCAGCCCAGCAGUGCUGCCAGUCAGUGCCACCAGUCAGUGCCCAGGGGUUGUGCCAGUCAGUGCCAAGUGAUGCCAGUCAGUGCCGUCUAAAAGUACCCAUCAUCAGUGUCACCUAUCAGUGCCGCCUAUCAGUGCUGCAU